CAGUUGCAGUUGGAAAGUCGAGCCCGCUCCUCGUGGCCACUGACUACUUUCUCGGCUUUCUCGGCUUCCUCGGCUUUCGGAAAUGCUGUUGUGUUAGUUUGGACUGUUGUGCGGCAUCGGACGCUCCUGCUUUCACAGCCAUUCAGUCGAGUGCGUGGUCGUGAGCGAAUCGGUCGGGGAGUGCUGGUGACAUCAGUCCCAUCCGCAGAGCCGCAUCCGCAUCCGUAUCCGAAUCGGAGUCUGAGUCCGCAACCGAAUCCAAAUCCGAGUUGCGAAAAAUAGCUGCUGGCAAGCAAGAAGCAACAAAGCAACAAACAAACAAACAAACAAACAAACAAACUGCCGAAAAUGUGCGUUCUUUGCAAGGAAUGUGAAAUCAAUGAUAAAUCCUCGAACGCGUCGUAAAAUCACCUCCAUCAUCUGUCAACAUUUUUUUUAAAGGUGUUAGCCACGUAUAUAUAUAAUAUAUAUAUAUCCAUUUUUUUUGUACAAGUGCCAUGUGCAGAGUGCCAUGCAUAUCCAUAUCCGUGGUGCGUAAAGUUCCUUGAGCAAGCGAACACAAAUCGGUGGUCGGUCUGGAGUGCUUUGGAGGGAGAGGCAAACCAGAAGAUAAAGAUUAGUCUCAAUGGAUCCAGACAAUUCAUUCGUAUCUAUGCAAAUAUUAUGACUGCCUGUCAAAAAUGGAUCGGCCUGUAAGAGUCGCACAAAACUGUUGCAAUUAACCAAUUAAGAAAGGAAUAUACAAUCAAAGCUGAGGAAUAUUAGACGUUUAAGGCGAUACAAUAUGAGAAGUCGAUCAAAAUUAGAAAGCUAACGAAAAGCGUGGGAUUAGAAGAAAGUCAAUGGAUUCAAAAAGUGACACGAAUGCGCACGAACAGUAGUCCGGAAAGCAAAAUUCGAUUAUCGACUAUCGAUAUCGAUUAUCGAUUAUCAACACCAAUCUAAACACCGAAACACCAAAACACACCGGACGGACACCACAAUCAAAAUGCAAAACUAUGGAAGUGAACUGAAAGGAGGCUGAGUCCCACUAACUACUAACUACCUUCUGCGCCCCCACACUAGAUCUAGAUCGCGGAUAUAGGCUAUAGAAUAUUCGAACUCCAAGGCUCAAUCGAGUUAUGAAGAAGCCAGCACGCAGUCGGCCGGACAAUCCAUCCUGCCCUGGUCAGGAGAGAACGAGAUCCAUGAGCUUCCCACAGCCGCACUCAUUGCCGGAGGCCACUGCGAACGGUGGCAGAAUGCUGGUCUAUGGCCUGGGACUUUUAAUUAUGAUACCGGCUUGUGCGGCUGGACCCCAUGAGAAGCGGCUGCUCCACGCCCUUCUGGACAACUACAACAGCCUGGAGCGUCCGGUGGUCAAUGAAUCCGAUCCAUUGCAACUGAGCUUCGGACUAACACUCAUGCAGAUUAUCGAUGUGGACGAAAAGAAUCAACUGCUUAUAACGAAUAUUUGGCUCAAAUUGGAAUGGAACGAUAUGAAUCUUCGAUGGAAUUCGAGUGAGUUCGGUGGUGUGCGGGAUCUGCGGAUUCCGCCACAUCGCCUAUGGAAACCGGAUGUACUGAUGUACAACAGUGCGGACGAGGGCUUCGAUGGAACGUACGCCACAAACGUGGUGGUUCGCAACAAUGGGAGCUGUCUGUACGUACCGCCUGGUAUAUUCAAGUCGACGUGCAAGAUCGACAUUACGUGGUUUCCAUUCGACGAUCAGAGAUGCGAGAUGAAGUUUGGCUCGUGGACCUACGACGGGUUUCAGUUGGACCUGCAGUUGCAGGACGAAGCUGGUGGCGACAUUUCUAGCUUUAUAACCAAUGGCGAAUGGGACUUGUUAGGUGUGCCCGGUAAACGAAAUGAAAUCUACUAUAAUUGCUGCCCAGAACCUUAUAUUGACAUAACAUUCGCCAUUUUGAUAAGGCGCAAAACGUUGUACUAUUUUUUCAAUCUGAUUGUGCCGUGCGUACUGAUCGCCUCCAUGGCACUGCUAGGGUUUACACUGCCACCAGAUUCUGGUGAAAAGCUUUCGCUUGGAGUUACAAUUCUAUUAUCGCUUACAGUCUUCCUCAACAUGGUGGCCGAAACUAUGCCGGCGACCUCCGAUGCGGUACCGCUGCUCGGAACUUAUUUCAAUUGCAUUAUGUUUAUGGUGGCCUCAUCAGUUGUGUCAACCAUACUUAUCCUCAAUUAUCAUCAUAGAAAUCCAGAUACGCAUGAAAUGAGUGAAUGGAUAAGAGUAAUAUUCCUUUAUUGGUUACCUUGCAUAUUGCGCAUGCAAAGACCCGGACAGGUUGGCUACGAAUGUCCGCCGCCGCCCUCUUCUUCGAGUUCCUCCAAUUCCGGCGAGAAGAAGCAACAGAUCCAAAACGUUGAGCUCAAGGAGAGAUCCUCCAAGUCUCUGCUGGCCAAUGUGCUCGAUAUAGACGAUGAUUUCCGAUGCAAUCAUCGAUGUGCCAGCGCGACUUUGCCCCACCAGCCCACAUAUUACAGGACGAUGUACAGGCAAGGGGACGACGGCAGCGUGGGACCCGUGGGACCAGCUGGUCCAGUUGUGGACGGGCGUUUGCACGAGGCCAUUUCCCACACCUGUCUGACAUCCUCUGCGGAGUACGAGCUGGCGCUGAUACUCAAGGAGCUGCGUUGGAUAACAGAACAGCUGAAAAAAGAGGACGAGACAAGCGACAUCACACGGGAUUGGAAGUUUGCAGCCAUGGUCGUCGAUCGUUUGUGCCUUAUUAUUUUCACCUUGUUUACUAUUAUAGCAACCCUCGCUGUCCUGUUCUCAGCGCCGCAUUUCAUUUUCCCGUAAGCGGAGGAGCGAUGCUGGGAGAAGCGGGAAAAGCUGGAAAAGCGGGAAAAGCGUGAAAAGUGCGAAAUAAGUGGGAAAAUGGAGCGGAAAGUGACAGGUGGUGGUCGGCCCGAGGAGUUUUGCGGUUGUAUUGUGAAGUAUAUGAAGCCAAUCAAAAUAUUAGGAACAGAAGCGAACACGAAUUCAACAGCCCGAACCUAAGCUUUUCAAACUGAAAUACUUUGACAGUCAAAGCGUUUUGCUAUUCAACAUUUUUAUACUUUUAAAGAUGUGUCUGAUGGUUAUAAAAAAUAUUACAAUGAAUUGAGAUAGUAACGUAUGUACGUAUGUGAAUGCAUUUUGUAUUGAAAAAACACCAAACAAAAAAAGAUAAAAAACACCAAACGAAAACCAAAAUAAUGUCGGUAUAAUACAAUUACAAUAAAUUUCCGGGCAAUCAUAAAUGUACGUUGCCGUGUGCAUUCAACUUGCCCCUUAGUUACAAAGCAGAGGUUUCUAUAUCUAAAUCGAAAAUCGAAAAUUGCAAGUCGCUCGUAGAAUUGCAAUCCACCUCCCCUCAUUUAGCCGAUUUGAACAGAGAAUGACAUUUAAGGAUAUAUAUACAGCUUCACACUGUUGUUCAACUGAAUUAGUAUCUAAAUACGAUAAAAUAGUCUGUAUGUAGCAUUCGAGGCAUUUCGAAACCUAUGUUCACUUUGUACUGCAUAUUGGUUUUAUCAAGUCUUACUUUCGAUCCCAUGCUAUAACAUUUUGAUAGACAAAGAACUGUAUACACACAGAUGUGUUGCUAUGAUAUAAAAUGAAUAAACGACAAAAGACUAGCAAUACGCAAAUCAAUCACAAGCAAAUCAAAUGCAAAUUGAACGCAAACAAAAGUGAAUAGUGAAUAGUGGAUAGUGAAUAGUGAGUGAAUUGCUGGAAGUACACUGCAAUAGGAGAAUGUCAUUUAUCCGAAAUGAUCGCACAAUAAAUUCAUAGAUACUAACAAGCCAAGUCGAAAUUGAAACAACAAAUCAUAGUUGUGAAACGCAAAACAAAACCAGGCUAACAAAUACAUACGAGAAUACUAUUGAAAAAUAAGAAAAAAACAAA